AGGAAUACCACGGUUUAUUUCAGCUUUAUUUAUUUAUUUAUUUAUUUAUUUAUUUAUUUAUUUAUUUAUUUAUUUCAGAUUGUUCGUAUUUACGUAAGCAAUGAGCAUAUGUUAAUUCCGGCGCUCAUUCCAACGCUGUUUCAUACCUUACACUUCUUUUUGGUAUUUCUAGACAGGGUUUCUUUGUGCAGCCCUGGCUGUGCUGGAACUCGCUCUGUAGAUCAGCGUGGCCUCGAACUCACAGAGAUCCGCCUGCCUUCUGCCUACUGAGUGCUGGGAUUAAAGGUGUGCGCCACCACUGCCCGGCUAUUUUACACAUUUUUAAAGCAUUCCAGCCACAUUAAUAAUGUACACUUGUAUUAUAAUCGUUGCUUCUUGCUCAUCUUUAAAGUUUAUAUAUUUUUAAGAGAUUUAUUUUUACUUUAUGUAUAUAGAUGUUUUGCCUACAUAAAUGUCUUUGCAGCUUGUGUGUGCAGUCCCCAAUUAGGUCAAAAGAGGGCAUAGAAUCCCCUGGAACUGGAGAGGGGGUGUGAUACAGAUAUCUCAAUAACAGCUGAGCACUUCAUUGUCUCUUAUUCUCUGUACAUCUACUAGUUGUGAGUCUAUUGCAAAAAGAAGCUUCUCAGAUGAGGGUUGAAAGAUGCCCUAUUUUUACAGGUAUAAUGGUAAGACAUGGGGCAGUUUAUUUCUAUGUCCAUUUAGGAAAGCAGUAAUAUUAGGUUCUGCCCUAUGUCUUAGGCAGCUAUGAGGUUUUGGCCCUAUAACAAGUAUGAGUUGUAUCCUGUAUAGUGUCAGAGCCUGCUCCAACAAAGUCAGCCAGGGUCCCUGGAAGCGGGUGCUGAGGCUAAGGAAAUGUUAGACUGAGAGAAAUUGAGACAGAAAACGCAGGAUAGAUUAGGGGAACUUCCAGCUUACUCUGGACAGCCCCAAGUUUAUUUCAGAGCCUGCUUGUAUAGAAAAGCAGAACAAAGCACAGCACAGACAGUCAGUGUCUAAGACCAUUCCUGUCCUUGAGCAAGCAGUUUCUUUUAUCUGGAUGUGCCCUAAGGUCUAGCAUCAGCAGUAUUCUUUCUACUAGAUAGUAUGUUCUUUUCUCAUGGGCUGAAUGCUCUUUUCCGUAUGUCUUCCUUCCCACGGGCUUAAUCAGAACUUUCUCACAGCCCUCAAGGAUACUGGAGCAAGCAGAGCAGGCAAGCUUGAAGUCAAAUGGCUUUUAAGUCAGAAUUGAUUCUAAAUGGAAACUGAGUCACACGUGGGCUCCUACAGUAGAGUGGGCCUUAAAUACAGCAUGAAGUGGUUGGGAGUAUCUUGCCAUGACAACCAUUAUCAUAGCUCACAGGGUUCAUAGCUGCUGUGUAAGACUUUUUGAUAACUUGUCUCCCCUAAUAGCAUGAUAGCAUGCAUGUAAUCUUACAGCACUGUGAAAUCUUGUCAGUGUGGGUAAAGCUGGGUUUCCUUCCCUUUCUUUCUUUCUUUCUUUCUUUCUUUCUUUCUUUCUUUCUUUCUUUCUUUCUCCUCCCUUCCUUCCUUCUUUCCUUCCUUCCUUCUUUUCCCCUGCUUCUAUUUUUGUUAGCCAGGUCUGUGUCAGUUUUAUGACUCAGAUAUGUUAUAUCUUCAGCAAUAGGGUCUCACCAUCCAGUUCUGUAGAAUAAUUGACAAUAACAUUAGCUAUAGCCUAUAAUGUUUGUAAAUUUAUGGGGCCAACAACUCCAAAAGAGGCAACCAUUCCUGGUACUGAGCUUGAUAUUUAUUAGCCUGUAGUGAAUUGUCACCCUGUUGUAGGUGACAUUUGAACUCCAUUUGAACUCUUAUAUAUGUAUACAUGUGUAUUUUAGAAAGCAUCUACAGUAGUAGGUUUCUAUAUGUCUUUUUCAAAUACCUUUAGUGUUAGUAUAGUGUUAGUAUAUCUCAUACUCCCUUCUCUUUCUAGUCCUCCCAUCCUUAUCCUUACUUAACACUUCUUGUUCAGUUAGACCUCUUCUCUUUUCAUACCCACUUCCCUUGAAAUCUGCCUUCCCUUGCUGGCAAAAUGCUCUUUCCUGUGGGAUUAAUCAGAACUUUCUCACGGCCCUCAGGAAAUUGGCCUAGUUUUCUGAUAUCUAUGGAUACUCCAAUUUAAAAACAUGUAUCUAAAGAUUCAGUGUUAACAUUCACAUAUGAGAGAGGACUUGAAAUAUUUGUCUUUCUGGAUCUAGGUUACCUGAUUGAGAAUGAUUAUUUCCAGCUCUAUGCAUUUACAUGUAAAUUUGAUAAUCUAAUUUUUCUUUAGAGAAAUGGAAUAGUAUACUAUUGUGUGAAUGUAUUGCAUUUUCAUUAUCAAUUUUUCAGUUGUUGGACAUCCAGGCUUUUUCCAAUACUUGGCUAUUGUGAACUGGAUAGCAAUGAAUAUGGAUAUGCAGGUAUUAUAAUAAGAUGUAGACUCCUUUUGGAUGUAUGCCCAAGAGUUAUAUAGAUGGGUCAUAUGGUAAGUUUGUUUCUAGUUUUUUAGGGAGGGAGGGUGUCUUAGUUAAGGUUUCUAUAGCUUUGAUAAAACACCAUGACCAAAAGCAAUGUGGGGGUGAUAGGGUUUAAUUCAGCUUGUGCUUCCAGAUAACAGUCCAUCACUGAUGAAGUCAGGGCAAAAACUCAAGCAAGGCAGGAGCCUGGAUGCAAGAACUGAAGCAGAGAUCAUGGAGGAACAUUGCUUAAUGACUUGCCCUUUAUGGCUUGAUCAGCCUGCUUUCUUAUACAACUCAGAACCACCUGUCUAGGGGUGGUUCUGUCUAUAGUGACCUGGGGCCUCCCAUAUUUAUCAUUAAAUAAGAAAAUGUCCAACAGACUUUCCACAGGCCACCUUAUGGAGACAUUUUUCCAACUGAAACUCAUCUUCACAAAUAACUCUGGUAUAUGUUAAGUUGACAAAGCAGAAACAACAACAACAAAUAGGACAGAGGACACAGGUGUCUUACCUGGGUCUCUAGAUCAGGUGGGCAACUGGAGAGUUGCUGUGGGGAAAAUGAACUGGGAUCUGGUAAAUCCAAAAGUUUCUUUGCUGCUGGUACUGAGGAAGAGACUUUUAGAACAGUCUAGGAAUCUGAGUACAAUUGAAACCUCUUCUUUAGUAUUCUGUACCUUUUCUCAAGGACUCAAACUUGGUGGGAUAAUCUCAGAGAGGAAUGGGUUAAGCCUUAGCUCAGCCACCCUUUUCCUAUUCCAGUUUUUCCUGUGCCUGCUUUGCACUGCCAAAAGGAAGUAAUCCUUUUCAGCUCUGCUUAGUGCUAAUGCUACUGUCACUCUCAGAAGAUAAAAUCCAUAAAAUCCUCUGCAAAAUAUUUAGGACUUUUCACUAAAUCAUAAAUAGCUUGCAUUUUUUUUCUUCUUGAGAGCUAGAGAUAUUUUAGAGAAGAGUUAAUUUUUCUCUUUUCUAGUUGAGCACUUUCUAGGAAUAAAAACCAUGCAAAUAGCACUCUUCACUUGCUUCUUUCUUAGCCUUUUCUAUUUCUGCUCUAGUGCCACCAGAAGAUAUUAUCUAGGUGCAGUGGAAGUGUACUGGAACUAUAGGCAGAGUGACUUACUCAAUGUGCUGCACACGGACACAAGAUUUCUUCCUAGAAUGCCAACAUCUUUUCCAUUCAACACCUCCAUCAUGUACAAAAAGACGGUAUUUGUAGAGUACAUGGACCACCUUUUCAGCAUUGCCAAGCCCAGGCCACCCUGGAUGGGUCUGCUGGGUCCUACCAUUUGGACUGAGGUUCAUGACACUGUAGUCAUUACACUUAAAAACAUGGCUUCUCAUCCUGUCAGUCUUCAUGCUGUUGGUGUUUCCUACUGGAAAUCUUCUGAGGGAGCUGAAUAUGGAGAUCAGACAAGUCAAAGGGAAAAGGAAGAUGAUAAGGUUUUUCCUGGUGAAAGUCAUACAUAUGUUUGGCAGGUCCUGAAAGAGAAUGGUCCAAUGGCUUCUGACCCUCCAUGUCUCACGUAUUCAUAUCUAUCUCAUGUAGAUCUGGUGAAAGAUUUGAAUUCAGGCCUCAUUGGAGCUUUGCUAGUGUGUAAAGAAGGAAGUCUGUCGAAAGAAAGAACACAGACGUUACACCAAUUUGUACUACUUUUUGCUGUGUUUGAUGAAGAAAAGAGCUGGCAUUCAGAAACAAAGGACUCCUUCACACAGCCUAUGGAUUCCACAUCUACUGGAGCCUGGCCUAAAUUGCACACAGUCAAUGGAUAUAUAAAUAGGUCUCUGCCAGGUCUGAUUGGAUGCCAUAAGAAAUCAGUCUACUGGCACGUGAUUGGAAUGGGCACCACCCCUGAAGUGCACUCCAUAUUCCUCGAAGGUCACACGUUUCUCGUGAGGAAUCACCGUCAGGCUUCCUUGGAAAUAUCACCAAUCACUUUUCUUACUGCUCAAACACUCUUGAUAGAUCUUGGAGAGUUCCUGCUAUUUUGUCAUAUCUCUUCUCAUAAACAUGAUGGCAUGGAAGCUUAUGUCAAAGUAGAUAGCUGCCCUGAGGAACCCCAAUGGCAAAAGAAAAAUAAUAAAGAAAUUGAAGAUUAUGAUGAUGAUCUUGAGUCAGAAAUGGAGAUGUUCAUAUUGGAUGAUGACAACUCUCCUUUUAUCCAAAUUCGCUCGGUUGCCAAGAAGUACCCUAAAACUUGGAUACAUUAUAUUUCUGCUGAGGAGGAAGACUGGGACUAUGCUCCUUCACUUCUCACCUCAGAUGAUGGAAGUUAUAAAAGCCAGUAUCUGAGCAGUGGUCCUCAUCGGAUUGGUAGGAAAUACAAAAAAGUCAGAUUUAUAGCGUACACAGAUGAAACCUUUAAGACUCGUGAAACUAUCCAGCAAGAAUCAGGAAUCUUGGGACCUUUGCUUUAUGGGGAAGUUGGAGACACUUUGUUGAUUAUAUUUAAGAAUCAAGCAAGCAGACCAUAUAACAUUUACCCUCAAGGGAUCACUGAUGUCAGCCCUCUACACUCAAGGAGAUUGCCAAGAGGCAUAAAGCAUGUGAAAGAUUUUCCAAUUCGUCCAGGAGAAAUAUUUAAGUAUAAAUGGACAGUUACUGUAGAAGAUGGACCAACUAAAUCAGAUCCACGGUGCCUGACCCGCUAUUAUUCAAGUUUCAUUAACCCUGAGAGAGAUCUAGCUUCAGGACUCAUUGGCCCUCUUCUCAUCUGCUACAAAGAAUCUGUAGAUCAAAGAGGAAACCAGAUGAUGUCAGACAAGAGAAAUGUUAUCCUGUUUUCUCUAUUUGAUGAGAACCAAAGCUGGUACCUCACAGAGAACAUGCAACGCUUCCUCCCCAAUGCAUCUGAUACACAGCCCCAGGAUCCUGAGUUCCAGACCUCCAACAUCAUGCACAGCAUCAAUGGCUAUGUUUUUGGUAGCUUGCAGUUGAAAGUUUGUCUGCAUGAGGUGGCCUAUUGGUACAUUCUCAGUGUUGGAGCACAGACAGACUUCUUAUCUAUCUUCUUCUCUGGAUAUACCUUCAAACACAAAACGGUCUAUGAAGAUACACUUACCCUGUUCCCAUUCUCAGGAGAAACUGUCUUUAUGUCGAUGGAAAACCCAGGUUUAUGGGUCUUGGGAUGUCAUAAUUCUGACUUUCGGAAGAGAGGUAUGACAGCUUUGCUGAAAGUUUCUAGUUGUGACAAGAGUAUUAGUGAUUAUUAUGGAGAAAUGUAUGAAGAUAUUCCAACACAGUUGGUGAAUGACAACAUCAUUGAACCCAGAAGCUUUUUCCAAAAUUCAAAUUAUCCUAACACUAGGGGAAAAAAAUUCACAGCCACCAAAAUUCUAGAAAAUUAUGUAGAGAAGAUUAAGCCUCAGUUUGGAGAGACAGCAGAGACGUUUAAAGUGAAAAGUGUCUCCUCUACUGACUUGUUGAUGCUUUUGGGACAGAGCCAUCCUACUCCACAUGGUUUAUCCUUAUUAGAUAACCAAAAAGCCAUCUAUGAAGCUAGUCCUGAUGAUCAUUCACUUGAUGCAAUAGACAGCAAUGAAGACUCAUCUAAAGAGGCCCAAGUUAGGCCAGAACACUAUCAAAGUGGGAAAAUAGUAUUUACUCCUGAGCCAGACUGCCAGUUAAGCUCAAAUAAAAGUUUGGAGACAACUAUAGAUAUAAAGUGGAAGAAACUUGAUUUGCAAGUUUCUAGUUUGCAAAAUAAUCUAAUGACCACAACAAUUCUGUCAGAUAACUGGACAGCAAUUUCUGAAGAGGUAGAUUAUUCAGAAUCUCCAAGUAAGCCAGUUCACUUUAUUAGUAAAUUAAGCACCAUUUCAUUUGGUAAAAAGGCAUGUCCCUUUAUUAGGUCUCAUGCACCUCUGAGCAUUAGUGAAGGAAAUAGUGAUUCCAACUUGUUAGAUGCAACUUUAAUAAAUAAUCAAGAAAGUUCACUAGGAGAUAAUAUAUCAUCAAUAGAGAAUGAUAGAUUACUCAAAAAGAAGAGAUUUUAUGGGAUUGCUUUGUUAGCCAAAGAUAGUACUUUAUUCAAAGAUAAUAUCUCUUUGAUGAAAACAAAUGAGACAUAUAAUCGUUCAACCACUAAUGGAAAAGUUCACAUUGACAGCCUAGCAUCAAUUGAGAAUAGUACUGCAGUCUUGCAAGAUACUGUAUUAAAAAUCAAUAGUGAAAUUCAAGGAUUAGCACCUUUGAUUCAUGAUGGAGUACUUUCAGGCAAAAAUACUAUAAAUUUGAGACUGAAGCAUAUGCUAAAUAGAACUGCCUCAUCAAAAAAUAAAGAAAUAUUUCACCAAAAAGAUAAAGAUCCUAUUACACAGGAUAAAGAAAGUACAAUCACGCCAUUUUUCAAGAUGCUGUUGCCAGAAUCAGCAAAUUGGAUGAAUCAGACCAAUGUAAAUAACUCCUUGAACUCUGAGCAAGGGCCUAGUCUAAAGCAAUUAGUAUAUUUAAUGUUAGAAAAGUCUGUGAAAAAUGAGAAUUUCUUGUCAGAGAAGAAGAAAGUGAUACUAGAACAAGAUGGAUUCACAAAGGACACAGGACUCAAGCAUAGGGGUUUUUCAAGCAACAUUAGUAUAUUUCUUACCACCUUGCCUAAUAUACAAGAAAAUGAUAGGUACAAUCAAGAAAAAGAUAUUCAGGAAGAGAUAGAAAAGGAAGCAUCAAUUGAAGAAAAAGUAAUUUUGCCUCAGGUACACAUAGCAACUGGUUCUAAGAACUUCCUGAAAGACAUUUUCUUUCUAGGCAGUAGGCAAAAUAUAAGUUUAGAUGAAGAGUUACCUGCACUAAUACUUCAAGAUAUCAGCUCAUUAAACGACUCAACAAAUACAGUAGAGAUUCAGAUGGCCCAUUUCUUUAAAAGAAGGGAGGAUGAGGAAACAAAUUCAGAAGGCUUGGUAAAUAAAACCAGAGAAGCAGUAAAGAACUAUCCAAGCCAGAAGAAUAUUAUUACUCAACGUAGUAAACGAGCUUUGGGACAAUUCAGACUCAGCGCCUCAACUCAAUGGCCUCAAACCAUGAACUAUUUGACAAAGAGUAUUAUUACAGAGAUAGAUCACAGCAAGGAAGGGGGAAAGUCCAUUAUUAAGUCUCCCUUAUUGAAUUCUACAAUGAUUAAAAGCAUCACUCAGAAAAAUAGUUCUGGAUCACACAUUGUAAAAACUUCAGCAUUUCUACCAACAGAUCUCAAGAGAAUCCCAUUUCAAGACAAAUUUUUUCAUGUUCUAGCAUCAUCCUACACUUAUGACAUUAAGACAAAAAAUUCUAGAGUUCAAAAAAGUAGUAAUUUCUUAAAAGAAACCAAGAGAAAUAACUCUUCUUUAACCAUCUUACCAUGGGAGAGGAUCAUAAACCAAGGAAAAUUUGCCUCCCCAAGGAUGAGUAAUACAAACUCAGUCACAUAUAAGAAACUUGGGGACAUUCUUCUCUUGAAACCAGUCUUGCCUGAAGAAUCUGACAAAGUUGAAUUGCUUCCUCAAAUUUCCAUUCAUGAAAAAGAACUUUUGCCUAAAAAAACUAGCCAUGAAUUUCCUGGACACCUGGAUCUCAUGAAAGAGGUCUUUCUUCAGAAAACACAGGAAGCAAAGAGACAUGUGGAAAGUCUGAAAGGAACAAGAGAGAACUCUGAAAAGACUCCCUCUAAACUGCUGGACCAUCAUACUUCACAGAUACCAAAAGAUAAGUGGAAAUCCAAAGAGAAGUCACCAAAAAUUAUACCCAUUAAGAGAGAGGAUACCAUUUUGUCUCUGAACCCUCAUGAAAACAAUCAUUCAGUAGUAGCAAAUGAGAAACAAAAUUGUUCCCAAAGAGAAGCCUCUUGGGUAAAGCAAGGUCAGACUCAAAGAUUGUGCUCUCAGAACCCACCAGUCUUGAAACGCCAUCAAAGGGAACUUAGUGCUUUUCAGUCAGAACAAGAAGCAACUGAUUAUGAUUCUAUCACUGUUGAAACAAAUGAGGAUUUUGACAUUUAUGGUGAAGAUAUAAAGCAGGAUCCCCGCAGCUUUCAACAGAAGACGCGGCACUAUUUUAUUGCAGCUGUGGAGCGGCUCUGGGACUAUGGAAUGAGUACAUCUUCCCAUGUUCUACAAAAUAGGGAUCAAAGUGGCAAUGCACCUCAGUUCAAGAAAGUAGUUUUUCAAGAAUUUACUGAUGGCUCCUUUAGUCAACCCUUAUACCGGGGAGAACUAAAUGAACAUUUGGGGUUGUUGGGGCCUUAUAUAAGAGCAGAAGUUGAAGACAACAUUAUGGUAACUUUCAAAAACCAGGCCUCUCGUCCCUACUCCUUCUAUUCUAGCCUCAUUUCUUAUAAGGAGGAUCAGACACAAGGAGAAGAACCUAGAAGAAACUUUGUCAAACCUAAUGAAACCAAAAUUUAUUUUUGGAAAGUACAACAUCAUAUGGCGCCCACAGAAGACGAGUUUGACUGCAAGGCCUGGGCUUAUUUCUCUGAUGUUGAUCUUGAAAGAGAUAUGCACUCAGGAUUGAUUGGACCCCUUCUGAUUUGCCACACAAACACGCUGAAUCCUGCGCUUGGUAGACAAGUGGCAGUACAGGAAUUUGCUCUGUUUUUCACUAUCUUUGAUGAGACCAAGAGCUGGUACUUCACUGAAAAUGUGGAAAGGAACUGCAAGAUACCCUGCAAUGUCCAGAUGGAAGACCCCACUGUGAAAGAGAAUUAUCGCUUCCAUGCAAUCAAUGGUUAUGUGAUGGAUACCCUACCAGGUUUAGUAAUGGCUCAAGAUCAAAGAAUUCGAUGGUAUCUUCUCAGCAUGGGCAGCAAUGAGAAUAUCCAAUCUAUUCAUUUCAGUGGACAUGUGUUCACUGUACGGAAAAAAGAAGAGUACAAAAUGGCAGUGUAUAACCUCUACCCAGGAGUUUUUGAAACAGUGGAAAUGCUACCAUCCAGAGCUGGCAUUUGGCGAGUAGAAUGCCUUAUUGGCGAGCACUUACAGGCUGGAAUGAGCACUCUUUUUCUGGUGUACAACAAGCAGUGCCAGAUUCCUCUGGGAAUUGCUUCUGGAAGCAUCAGAGAUUUUCAGAUUACGGCUUCAGGACACUAUGGACAGUGGGCCCCAAACCUGGCAAGACUUCAUCAUUCUGGAUCAAUCAAUGCCUGGAGUACCAAGGAGCCCUUUUCUUGGAUCAAGGUAGAUCUGUUGACUCCAAUGAUUAUUCAUGGCAUCAAGACGCAGGGUGCUCGUCAGAAAUUUUCCAGCCUCUACAUCUCUCAGUUUAUCAUCAUGUAUAGUCUUGAUGGAAAGAAGUGGCUGAGUUAUCGAGGGAAUUCCACUGGAACUUUAAAGGAGGCUCAUGGUUUACCAGUAAGGAUACAUGGUCUCUGUCUCCUUUGGCAGGUCUUCUUUGGCAAUGUGGAUUCAUCUGGGAUUAAGCACAAUAGUUUUAAUCCUCCAAUUAUUGCUCGGUAUAUCCGUUUGCACCCUACUCAUUCUAGCAUCCGCAGUACUCUUCGAAUGGAGUUGAUGGGCUGUGAUUUAAGCAGUUGUAGCAUACCACUGGGAAUGGAGAAUAAAGUAAUAUCAGAUACACAAAUUAAUGCCUCAUCCUACUUCACCAAUAUGUUUGCCAGUUGGUCUCCUUCACAAGCUCGACUUCAUCUCCAGGGAAGAACUAAUGCCUGGAGACCUCAGGUAAAUGAUCCAAAAGAAUGGUUGCAAGUGGACUUACAAAAGACAAUGAAAGUCACCGGAAUAAUAACCCAGGGAGUGAAAUCUCUCUUUACUAGCAUGUUUGUGAAAGAGUUCCUUAUCUCUAGCAGUCAAGAUGGCCAUCAAUGGACUCACAUUUUACACAAUGGCAAAGUAAAGGUUUUUCGGGGGAAUCAGGAUGCAUCCACACCUAUGGUAAAUUCUCUAGACCCACCAUUACUCACUCGAUAUCUUCGAAUUCACCCCCAGGUCUGGGAGCACCAAAUUGCUCUGAGGCUUGAGAUUCUGGGAUGUGAAGCCCAACAGCUGUACUGAAGUGGCUUCUGCAUCCUCUGCUUGCUACCCUUUGCCUCCUUCUUCAGUUCCAGGAUUGGCUUAGUCAGUGUGUUAUUGCUGUGAAGACUAACCAUGACCAUGGCAACUCUUAUCAAAGAAAGCAUUUAAUUGAGGCUUGCUUAUAAUUUCAGAGGUUUACUCCAUUAUCAUCAUGGUGGGGUGCAUAAUACCUUGUAGGCAGACAUAGUGCUGGAGAAGUAGUGAAGAGUUGAUGUGGGAUUCCCUUCUGUAUGCUGUGAAUAUGUUUUGAUACCAUUGGUUAAUUGUUUUUUUUUUAAAGCUGUUUCAGCCUAUAGCAGGGCAGAAUAUAGCUAGAUUGCAAGAGAUAUAGAGUGAGAGUAGGUGGAGUCAGGGAGAUGACAUAUAGCUGCUAAAGGAGAACGACACCCAAAAACCUUACUGGUAAACCACGAGCCUCAUAGUAGAAUACAAAAUAAUAGAAAUGAGCUCAUUUAAGAUGUAAUAAAAAGCCUGCACUAAUAAACUGAGCAGUGUUUUAAUUAA